UUAAUUCAGCAUUAUAUAGGAAGCUUAAUUUCUCUUUUAAGAGCACGCUGCCACACGCCAUCCACACAGACAUGGAGGAGAUAUCAGAGACGGCUAAAGCUUACUAUGCAAAUUUGUCAGAAAAGCAGAAGCGAUUGGCAGCCAAUCUUUUCCAAGCAAUUGAUGCAAACGGAGAUGGGAAGAUUAGUUUCGAUGAAUAUGCGAAAUACAUGAAGCAGAAGGGCUUUAAAACAAUCUCUUCUCCUGACUUCUUUAGAAAGCUAGACAAGGACGGUAAUGGUACCUUGGAUUUCAAUGAAUUUGUCGCUCUGCACUAUAUAUGUUCGAGUGAAAGAGUGUUUGUAUGCGAUGAGUGCAGAGUCUUUCUUGAUGGAGUGUACUUUACUUGCGUUCAGUGCUUCAAUGGUCCUGGUAAUACCUACGAUCUUUGUUGUGGUUGUUAUAGAGAUAAGAAUAUGAAUCAUCACAAGGAUGCUUUGUUUCUUGAUAAUUAUACGUUGCUACAAGCCAAGCGGCAGCAGAAUAAGAGACAGGGCAAAAAUGGAGUUUCAGAGACAGUUGAAGUUGCAGUUGCUGGUCUUGAAACUAGUUCCAAUAUUAUCAGCUUAUGUAACCAAAUGUAACCCAGAAAGCAAUAAUCCUUGUUGCAUACGAACCGUUUAAUUUCCUGCUGCCAGCAGCUCAAAACGAAAAUAUAUUCUGUUCUUCUGUUAGCUUCUUCUUUUUGGUAUAUUGUUUUUCUUCUUCUGGUCCUGCAGUAUGGCCUUGUGUUGGAAUUUUAUUGAGAAUGAAGGCUGUAUAUCUUCUCUAUUUUAGUAAUAAUACUGCGAGACUGAACAGUCCUAAUUUCUCGGAA